AGUAACAUUUGGCUCUUAAAGAGCAGACCGGGCACAUACAGUAGCCUACACACUGUAAAGCGCUGUAUUUCGUCAGUGAUGAUGGGUUCUCUUCGGGCUCACAUUUUCAUCUGUUUUUGGAUAACUUUACCCUUUUGUAUUACUGAAAAAGCCAAAGAGCGGAGGUUCCGACAGCGAGACACCGAGUCUACAGAUCAGUACCAGGCAUGCCUGCAGGGCCCACCUGGAGUGCAGGGCAGGGAUGGUAACCCGGGGGUAAACGGUAUUCCAGGCACACCAGGAAUCCCCGGGAGAGAUGGACUGAAAGGAGAGAAAGGAGAGUGUGUGUCUGAGAAGUUUGAGGAGCCCUGGAAACCCAACUACAAACAAUGCGCUUGGAACUCUUUAAACUAUGGUAUUGAUCUUGGAAAAAUAGCUGCGUGCACGUUCACUAAGCAGCGUUCAGACAGCGUUCUGCGUGUGAUGUUCAGCGGUUCUCUCAGACUCAAGUGUAAGACAGCCUGCUGUCAGCGCUGGUACUUCACCUUUAAUGGAGCUGAAUGCACUGGACCCUUACCAAUAGAGUCCAUCAUUUACCUGGACCAGGGCAGCCCUGAGCUCAACUCUACCAUUAACAUCCACCGAACAUCCACAGUGGAGGGACUCUGCGAGGGGAUCCAGUCUGGUCUGGUGGAUGUCGGUAUAUGGGUGGGCACCUGUGCAGAUUACCCUCGCGGCGAUGCAUCUACAGGAUGGAACUCAGUAUCCAGGGUCAUCAUUGAGGAGCUUCCAAAAUGAGCUUUCCUUCUUCUUUUUGCCACCCCAUGGCAACAGAAUAUAAAAACAUCACAUUCUUUACAUGGGACGUCCUUAUAGAAAUAUGUCAAAUUAUAGCUAAUAAUGUUGAUAUGGGUUUGUGCAGCUUCUGGCAUUGCUGAAAAUGAUUCUCAAUAUAACAAUGCAGAUCAGUUACAACAACUCAGUGACGGAGCUUUGGAUUUUUAAACACUACCAUGCUGGUAAUAAUAUUACCAAUAUUUCCAAGUACUGUAAAAACCAUGGUAUAGAAAUGGUAAUCAAAACGGUAUUACUGUAUCAUACAAUCACUGUGUCAGGGUACUCCAACAGUGCUUUUUUGUUCAACAAUAUGAUCAACUACUAUGUUUUAUAAAACUAAAUGUUAAAGAUAUAAAAUGUAUCAUGGUAAUUAAAUUUGGUUUUAAAAUGCUGACUAUGUCUGCAAAACGUCUGAAGGUAACACAUCAUAAAAGAGGGUGUAGAUGGAAAAUGCUGGGAAGUAUGUAGCAAGAGUAAGGGUUGGAAUGUCUGGUGUGGUAUUUAAGUAGAUUUGCAGAUGCACUGCAGAGUGUGCAAUAUAACAUGCUGAGUAAGUCUUUUUCACAAAAAAGUAAAAAUAACAUUUGUACAAAUGUAAAAAGUAUUAAGAUCCACAUGAAGGAAUUAUACGAUUUGGACACCAUUGACUUAAAUGGGAAGCUCAUCAAAAAAUGAAAAUUCUGUAAUCAUUUACUCACCCUUGACUUUAUUUUGCGCAACACAAAAGAAGAUAUUUUGAAUGUUGGUUACAGAACAACGGAAGAACCCAUUCAC